UAAUAAAAUCCUGUUAUUGUCUCUUCCCCUCUCUACAUUUGCCUUUUUUCCUCUGUUUUGUGUUUGUUUUCCUUUGUGGGGGUAUCCUUUUAUCUCAUCAUAUAGUUAGAAAGAGAGAGAAGCAAUCAGUUUCAUUUCUCUUUCUCUCUUGCUCUCUUUGUGUUUUGUUCAUUUUCCCCUUUGAAAACAAUGGAGAAAGGCUCAAUGCAAUCAAAUCUUGAGUCUUUUUUGGAUUGCACAACACCAUUAGUAGCAUCCCAGUUCCUUGCCAAGAGUGAAAUUAGAAGCCUUAAUAAGCUUUGGCAUCCUAAGGAAAGGGAGGAAAUUGAAUACUUCACAUUGUCUGAUCUUUGGAAUUGUUUUGAUGAAUGGAGUGCUUAUGGUGCUGGAGUUCCAAUCAGAUUAGAUUCUGGUGAAACUUUAGUUCAAUAUUAUGUGCCUUAUCUUUCAGCAAUUCAAAUUUUCACCAGCAGUUCAUCUGUAAGCAUUUUAAGGGAGGAGACUGAGUCUGCGUGGGAAAUGAGGGAUUCUUUCAGUGAUUCAUUCAGUGAAGAGAGUGAGAGUGAAAAGCUUUCGAGAUCGGAUGGGGGUUCAUCGGAGGAAGGUCUAUUUGAGCAAGAUAAUCACUUGCAAAUGAAUAAUAGAUUGGGUUACCUUUAUUAUCAAUACUUUGAGAGAUCUUCUCCAUAUGGAAGAGUACCUCUGGUGGAUAAGAUUAGUAGCUUAGCUGAAAGACACCCUGGAUUAAUGUCAUUGAGAAGCGUAGAUCUUUCACCAGCUAGUUGGAUGUCAGUUGCUUGGUACCCGAUAUAUCACAUUCCCAUGGGAAGAACCAUUAAAGACUUGUCGACAUGCUUUCUCACAUUCCACACCCUUUCUUCUUCUUUUCAAGAUAUGGACCUUGAAGAUAACACAGAGAAAGGUAUUAGGAAACGUAUCGAAGGGGAAGCAAUCCCACUUCCACCUUUCGGUUUGGGAACUUACAAGAUGCAGGGUAAUGUUUGGAUUUCAGACAGAAGUGGGAGGGACCAAGAGAGGAUGGUGUCACUAUUAAGCGUGGCCGAUUCUUGGCUAAAGCAAUUGGGGGUCCAGCACCAUGACUUUAACUAUUUCUUGGGCAUUCGUCAUGGCUAAAAACUCCAAUGAUGACAUACUCUUUAAACCCCUCCAAUGGACUGAUACUGAAGUUGCCCUUUCUUGGCACUGAGGUCAUGUUUUUUUAAGCUCGGAAGCAUGAAUAUCCUCGAAAGAGGAUCGUAGUAAUGUCUUCUUUGCAAUAGGCUUUUUUUUUCGUGAUCCCCUCACCUUGAUUACCAAAAUGAGGAUUGUAGUAAUGCAAUCUCUUAAACUUCAGACUUAUGUGAUUUCUGUAUUAUGUAUAGGGAUUAGCUUAGUUUUGAAGGGAUAAAUUUUGAGGUGAAGUGAGAGAUUAGCGUGGACGCGUCGUAUUAACUGUGGAUUAAUGAUCAUGAAAUGACUAUGAUUAAG